AUGAUGAUGAUAGAUUAUUUGUCUAUGUUUCAUACGUGGAGACGUCUCAUUCCAAGUGAAGCCGAACCAGUAAGUUUAGAUGAAUCACCUGGUAGUCAAGAUGAAUCACCUGAUGGGGCGAAUCAGGCAUCCACGCCUCCUUCUUCAGAGCAAAGUGAUUCCCGAAGUUCAAGAGAAGAAGAUUCAGAGGACGAUCUGCCACCACCUGUAGUAUUCAAUCAUCCAUUAGUGAACAGUUUGUUAGAUCGAUUCAUGCGUGCGCAAUUACAACCGGAUAAAAAUUCCACUACUGUCAACAUGGCUUCAACCAUUACAUCUGUUCCUUCUACAAGCAACAUUGGUCACAGUCGCAACAAUUUAGCGGGAAAAAAGUUAUUUUUUCAUAAGAUAUUAAGACCUGCGCCAAUUCAUGUUGUUGAUCUGAAGUUUGAUGAACUCCGACAGUUGUGUGAACUUGCCAUAAAUUCGUUUUCUAAACAACGACCGUUGUUACGCAUUGGAAAUGAAAUGCUUCCUAUCACAAUAUGCGCUGAUACUCACGGGCAAUUUCGUGACGUUCGUUGCAUUUUGAGCACAUGUGGUAAUCCUUUGUUGCGGACAUACCUUUUUCUUGGUGAUUAUGUUGAUCGCGGAUCACAGGCAUGUAUUUCAGGCAUCGAAACGGUCACAAUGUUGCUAUGUUUUAAAAUCAAAUAUCCUACUCGAGUAUAUAUGCUGCGCGGAAAUCACGAAGAUGCUAAUACGACGCUCACUUACGGUUUUUUUGAUGAAUGCACGAGUCGGUUCCCAAAUGAUCAAGGAGAACUUCUAUGGCAUAUAUUUAUGAUGGUUUUUAAUAUGAUGCCUUUGGCUGCAAUUGUGAGUGAACGGAUAUUAUGUAUGCAUGGUGGAUUAUCACCACAUCUCAAAGAUAUAAACAUGCUUGACAAUGUACGAUCAAGUUUGAUGAAAGUUGCUUGCCUAAAUGAUCUUAAUCAUUUCUGUUGGUUAGCUUGUAAUCUGCCACGUCCAAGCAUUGUGCCACCAUACGGUUUGAUGUGUGAUACGUUAUGGUCUGAUCCUGAUGAUCGUUAUCCAGGAUGGGCAUUGAGUGCUCGAGGCAUAUCGUUUACAUUCAGUAGCAAAAUUAUCAGGGAAUUUUGUGAAGCAAAUGAUAUUGACUUAAUUGUUCGUGGGCAUCAACUUACAGCUGAUAUGUUCAAAGGAGGAUACAAAUAUUUUGCCGGUGGGCGUUUGGUAACGAUAUUCUCAGCUCCGAAUUAUUUGAAUAUGAGGAAUGAUUCCUGUGUUCUGCAUAUUUCCCGAAAGGUUAAGUCUUCUCUCCAGUGA